AAUACACGCAGGAAGUAGCUAUGUAGCUGGCUGAUAUUAGCUUGUCCGCCGGUUGUUUCGUUCCAGCUACUUAGCCAGUUAUAUAUGAAUAUAUAUCUCGUUUGAGCCAGAGACAGUGUUAACAGUGCCGCAUGCAGUUGAAUCGCUAAAUGAUGAGAGAGAGACUGUGCUUGGUGGUGGUCUAAUCCUGUGUGUCCCCUCUGUGCCAUGGAGAAGCCGUGGAGGCUGUGGGGCCCGGUGGAGCGCUUUGCCCUGGCCUUGGUGUCCUGGUCCUGGGCUGCCUGUCGCGUCUCCCUCCUGGCUCUCAUCCUCACCUUCCAUCUCUAUGGAGGCGUCUUCCUCCUGGCUCUCAUCCUGGCCUCGGUGGCCGCCAUUCUCUACAAGUUCCAGGACGUGCUGCUCUACUUCCCCGACCAGCCGUCCUCCUCCCGGCUCUAUGUGCCCAUGCCAACGGGCAUCCCGCAUGAGAACGUCUUCAUCCGCACCAAAGACAGUGUGCGCCUCAACCUCAUCCUGCUCCGCUACACCGGCGGGGAUAGCCUCGGCAACCCCGGGGUCGCCCCGGGCAACGCAUCCAACCCGCUGUCCUCCACAGCCCCGCCCACCAUCCUUUAUUUCCACGGCAACGCGGGCAAUAUCGGACACCGGGUGCCCAACGCGCUGCUGAUGCUGGUGAACCUGAAGGCCAACGUGGUGCUGGUGGACUACCGGGGGUACGGGAAGAGCGAGGGCGAGCCCAGCGAAGAUGGCCUCUACCUGGACGCCCAGGCCACCCUGGACUACGUGAUGACCCGGCCCGACCUGGACAAGACCAAGGUGCUGCUGUUCGGCCGCUCCUUGGGGGGCGCCGUGGCAGUGCGCCUGGCUUCUGCCAACCCCCACUGCGUGGCGGCCAUCGUGGUGGAGAACACCUUUCUCAGCAUCCCUCACAUGGCCGCCACGCUGUUCUCCUUCCUGCCCAUGAGGCUGCUGCCCCUCUGGUGCUACCGGAACCAGUUCCUAUCCUACAGGCAGGUGGCGCAGUGCCGGAUGCCCUCGCUGUUCGUGUCGGGCCUGUCGGACCAGCUCAUCCCGCCCAUCAUGAUGAAGCAGCUCUACGAGCUGUCGCCGUCACGGACUAAACGCCUGGCCAUUUUCCCGGAGGGCACGCACAACGACACGUGGCAAUGCCAGGGAUACUUCGCCGCCCUGGAGCAGUUUGUCAGGGACCUGAUGAAGAGCCACGCCCGCGAGGAGAACGUCCAGUCCAGCGCCAGCGUCACCAUCAUAUAGUCUGACGGGGAGGGAGGGGAGGUGAGCUGGCCCUAGGUCUUGGUGUAGAUCUCAAACAGUUGGAUAUGUCUAAGCAAUUCGGCUGGGUAAACCGCUUUCUUGAUUAUACCUGUCCAGUUGUUUAUAUGUUCUACUUGGAGGGCUUAUGUUCAGAUUGAAGAGAAUGUCAAUUUUUAGGCUGGGUCUGUGUUUUUGUUUUUUUAGUUCUCCAUUAUAUUUGUUUAACUGUAACUGGACCCAACAGGAGUGCUUUUGGUGAGGCACUGUGGUUAUGGUGGGGGGAUGAUUAGUAUGGAAAUGCGUUCGUAAGACCUUUCUGUUUCAACUUUGAACGCAUGGGUGAAUAUGCACUUAUAAUGGCCUUUCAAUUACACACACACACACACACACACACACACGUGGGUCAGACAAAACAAUUCCACUGUUUAAGAGCACUUAGAAACAAGAAGAAAAUCUACUGUAAAAUUCUACCAGUAGGUGGACCUGAAUCUGAGUAAUUCAAUGACGUUUUUUGCCCAGCUAAUAUAAUAGAAUUUCUGUAAAUCAAUAAAAAUGUUUGACUAAUGUAAUAGCAUUUCAGUAAAUCAAUAAGACAUUUUUGACUAACAUGAUAGCAUUUCAGUAAUUCAAUAAAAAAAAGUGUCUGAUUUAAAGGUGGGGGCAGCGAUAUGACGUGGAUGUAAAACCUAACCGCCAAGUGGGUCAACGUCCAGAACAACACAGAGCUUUGAUGCGUGAUGCUAAACUUGAUCCACUCCACUGUUAAUGCUCCAACUACCAAGCGCUACCAGUGACUCGUGAAACUGUGUUGCCAGAAUAUCCUUGAGUAUGUUUUAAUUAGUGUAUUAAUGAUUAUUAAUGAUCACAUCCUCAUUAGUUUCAUAUCCUGCUUUACACUGAAAUUCCAGUUCCUGUCAGUCGAUGGAUAUGUGAUUUAUGAUACAGACCGUAUGCUGGUCUGAAAAUGUUUGUGCACAACUUUUGUUGUAAAUGGUCAGAUUAUAUUCCUGUCAGACAGAGGCCGUUCUAUAAUCAAUUUUCUUUUCCAAUAAAUGUUAAGGCUAGUGGGGCUGGAGCUGUUAGGCAACUCUUUGCAUACAGUAGUUCACCCAUUUAUUUCUGUCCGUCAACACUAGGGCCUUCAGGUGGUUGAAGGCAGAAAUGUACUUCAUAGGACAGACACUGGCCUAAGAUUGCAUUAUGGCAUGAGGUGUAUAUCACUGCAAUUAGAUGUAUUUAGAUAUGCAAUGUUCUAAAUCCUGUUCCCUGUUUAUGACAUAGGACAUUCACCCAAAUACUAUGGGCUGAAUACACCUAGCUCUAUGUUAGCUUUCUGUGAGCUAGGAAAGAAUGUGCUUUGGUUGGAUUGAGUGAGAGUGUAUGGUUCUUGUGUUACAAUGAGUCAGAAGUAUUACUAAAUUGUAUUAUUAUUUGUGAUAAUCUAUUCUUGUCAACAUAAUAAUUGUUCUGUCAAGUAGGCUCAUCUCAUCCAGUGGCUCUUUGUGCAGAAAUGGCUUUACUCGCUUGGAGCGCUUUUAACGAGCUAAUUAACCUUUCCUGCAUGUCUUCCUGGGACUGGGGGGAGCUGAGCUAGACAAACAGAAACUCUAAUCCUGCUGGGUCCUGUUCAUUAGGCACCAAACGGAGGAAAACGUGAUGAAACGGAGUGAAUACCAGAACAGGUCCAAUAGGAAUUGCUCUUUUUUUUUUGUUGCUAUUGCAAAACAUUUAGCUGCAGUGUACCCCGAUGAAUAUGACUCUGUUCUCAGCCUCUGAGCGGGAUGCGGUAGUGUUGGUUAGUUAGUAUCAAAGCCGUGCUGACACACCAAACCGCGACACAAACGGCAUCAGCAGUUGGUGAUGAUUGAACAAUCUAAACUUAUCAUCAAAGCAAAAUGAGACGGCCUCCGCGACGUUUCCGUGUUUAGACGUUUUAACUUUGAUACGGCACACAUACUACACAGUUACUGGGCAACUACUUAAUUAAUGUGCGUCAAUGAGCUGUGUGCGCGUGUGUGUGCGUGAGCGCGCGCCCUUUACGUGAAAAGAAACUGCACGUGUGCUGUAAGAUUCCCGGCAUUAUCCUGCACUGUAUGGGAUGUUCUGUUGCCAAAUGGGAUGCAUGCUCCUAAGGCAUUGACCAGCUCGUUGGUAUGAUGACCAAUUCUACAGAUUCUUUAUUGCUGCAUGAGUGUUUUGUAAACCUUAUAAUACAGGCCCACCCUCUCGGGGAGUGGACUGUCAAAGCUAGGGAAUCGUCACCUGGCUGCAGAAUCCAGGUUGGGGUGGAGGAGUGUGUGCGGUGCUGUGAUACUCUUUCCCAAUCUGUUUCACUCCACCAUCUGUAGACAAUGACCUAGCAGUCCCUAACAAACAGCGGGACUCAGGACUAGAGUUGCACAAUUCUGGGAACUUCUAUUUCCCUGUAGUUUUUUUUUUUUCCUUCCGAUAACCGGAGGGUAUAAGAUGGAAGUUCUUCAUACUUCUAACACCUUCUGCCAAAUGCAGGAAAUGUUUUCAAAUACUUUGCUGAAUGAAUCUUGGGUCUUGCCCAACGUUUAAAUAUUAUUAUUAUUGAACUGAAUGUUUUGUCUAAUAAUUGAUAAAUGUUCAUGUUUGCAGUGGCAUUGUAAAAGAUCCAUUUGUUCCGCUGUUGCGUUGUUGAUGCUUCUCAGAAUGUAUUGAGAGCGGGGAGUAGAAUGGGGCACAUGCAGAUUGGUUGAGGCACUUCUGUACACAUCAUGGUGAUCAACAAAAAUGUUCACUGUUCUCUAAACCGUUCUCUAAACUGAAGGGUAUUAGUUAAGAGAUCCGUUCCCGGACUGAACUUGUACUGUGCGCCAUUCUGUUUAAGAAAACAGACGUUGCAGUCAUUUCACUACUCUAAUGUUAUACAUGUUCCCUUUUUAUAGUCAUUCUUCUUUUCUAAUUGCAUUAGCUCACUUUUUAUUCUCUGUACAGUAACAUGCAAUAACUGAAUAAACCCAAGGUUCUGCUAA